AUGGCUGCACUUCCGCAGUCCUACGAGACGCGGCUGGUGGCGGUGUCCGCCUCCAGCGUCAACCAGCAGCGCAUUAACUACGGUAGUCGCGUGCUCUUGCCAUCCAGCGUGCUGGAUGACCUGUGCCGCAUGACCAUGGUGUAUCCCCUCCAGUUUGAGAUCAUCACCCCGAGUAAGAAGCGUGUGUACGCAGCCGUUCUCGAGUUCAACGCGCAGGCAGGUUCGGUGGUGCUGCCGGACUGGAUGUUCCAGCACCUGGGUCUUCGUGGCACAAUGGUGGUAAAGGUGCAGAGCUGCAGUCUUCCGCCAGGAUCCCUCGUGAAGCUCCGGCCGCAUCAGAAGGCGCUUGUCAUGUUCGAGAAUCCGCGGAACCUGCUGGAGCUACGCCUUGCUCAGUAUCCCGUGCUCACCAAGGGCACCACUAUCGUGAUUAGCUACGUGGAUCGUGAGUUCCAACUCGACCUGGUGGAAAUCAUUGACAUGAAGCAGCAGCUC